AUUUGUUCAGAUAUUUAGUAUAGUUACGACUUGCAACGAGUGAUCAUCGAUAUCGGAAUUAAUAAGUACGGAAGAUAUAGAGUACGCAUUGGGGAAUACUCUAUAUUGAUAUGGUUUCGAUUAGGAGUCUAGCACUAGUUUUCAAUACCUUGAGCGUGUUUCUGGCUAUUGCCGUAAUUGUUAUUAAUGUCACCGACAUCCCGGAUACUGGCAACGAAGAAAUACCAUUUACUUAUGGAUUCUUGGUCUUGGGAGCUUUAACCAUCCUGGUUUGCCUCUUUGGCUUCGUCGGUGUUUUGAAGGGACACAUUUGCACCACAUGGACGUAUGCCAUUAUGCAGCUGGUUUUACUGAUAGCAAUGAUCGCCCUAAUGACUGUCUUCAAAAUGCAUCAUACUAAGAAAACACCUCCCGAGGAAAUUUUAAAUCAAGCCAUUAUAAGUCAAAAGGAAGGUGGCGAUGCGAUGGAUGAAUAUCAAGAAAGAUUUCAAUGCUGCGGUAUUAAUGGUGCUGGAGAUUACGCAGGUUUUGUACUUCCGAAAAGCUGCGCUGAUACAAAUUUAAACACCUGGAAUUCGGGUUGUUUACAAAAAAUGAAGACUGAAGCCGAGGAAGACCUAGAGGCGCCUCAGUUCAUUGGUUGGGCUCUGAUGGUUGUCCAGAUGGCUUCUUUUGUCUGUUCCACGAUUAUGGGUGUAAAAUUAAAUAACAGUGCACGACGCGCGCGAUACUAACGAGAUUUUUAGUGUUAGUUGCUAUUGCGCUGAUUAUAGUCAGUGCAUUCGGCCUUAAUCAUACCUUUUACGGCGCUCUUAUCGGCAUUGGAGCAUUUUCGAUUAUAACAUCGAUAUUAGGAUUCUAUGCAGUCAUUAAGGAAAACUUUCG